AUGGACGCGCAGAGAGACACCAAGCCCUUCGUCUCCCCCAUCACGGCCACCGCCAUACAGCGGAGCCUCCACGGCCCUAGCGCCCGCCAGCCGCCGGCGUUGCCGUCGGAGCACGGUGGCGCUCGAGUGUUAGCAGGCCGUCUGCAACCGCAAGCUCAGCCUCAUCAAGCAGCGUGCGUCCUGAACCGGGCCGCUUCGGAGCUGUCAGGCGGUGUCGGCGGCCGAACCAGUGGCGCCGACGAGGCACUCGAGGGUGUACAGAAUCGCAUGUGCAUCCACCCUGAAUUUCUCCACUCCAACGCGACUUCGCAUAAAUGUCCACUUGGAGCUAUGGCAGAGUUAUUGGAUAACGCGGUGGAUGAGAUAGAAAAGGGUGGUGCUACAAGGAUAUUGUUGGACAAAAUCAUUGACAAACGGAAUGUAUCACCAGCUUUACUAGUUCAAGAUGAUGGUGGAGGCAUGGAUCCUAAUUCCUUGAGGCGGUGCAUGAGCUUUGGAUUUUCAGAGAAACAAUCAGGGUCUUCAAUUGGACAAUAUGGAAAUGGAUUUAAGACAAGCACAAUGCGGCUUGGGUCAGAUGCUAUUGUGUUCAGCCGCUGCACAAAGAGUGGUGAGCCUACACAAUCCAUUGGUCUCCUAUCUUACACUUUCUUGCUGGAAACUGGACAGACAGAUGUUGUAGUUCCGGUGGUGGAUUAUAAAUGCAAUCUAAUGAAAGGACAAACUCAACGAUUGGAGCGUCAUGGUUCAGAGCAAUUCUGCUCAAAUUUGUCAGUGUUGUUGAAAUGGUCCCCUUUUGCAACAGAAGAAGAGCUGAUGCAGAAUUUCUGUGACAUUGGUCCACAUGGCACCAAGAUUAUAGUGUUCAAUUUGUGGUCCAACGAUGAUGGUAAAUUGGAACUCGACUUUGACACGAACCCAGAGGAUAUUAUGAUUAGUGGAGCACCAAAUCCAGAAGAAAUUAGCAACUCUGUAAAAAGGACUAAUGAGAACCAUUUGGCAAAUCGACUACGCUAUUCUCUUAGGGCUGGGGUUCUUACAACUAUUGGAUUCUUAAAUGGUUCCCCAACUAUUAGCGUGCACGGAUUUAAUAUCUACCAUAAAAAUCGCCUUAUUUUGCCAUUUCAUAGAGUUCUGAGUUCUGCGAGCAGCAAAGGUAGAGGCGUCUCCGGAGUACUAGAGGUAGGCUUCAUCAAGCCGACUCACGACAAACAAGACUUUGAGAAGUCGCAGCUGUUUCAAAGGCUGUUCAACAGUCUGAAAGACAUGACUAACGAGUACUGGGAUAUUCAGAGUCACAAGAUUGGAUACGUGAAAACGCCACGCCGGAGUGCAGCUCCCACUCCUCCAGUGAUGCUGCAAAUAGCGAAUGGCACUGCUGAACCAUCAGAGGGGAGUCCACCUGCUUCGAUGCCACCCUUGGGAUCCCACGGCAACUAUGUGAAUGCAGUUCCAAUCGCCUUUGCGCCUCCUGGUUUCAACUCAACGCCAGUCAAAACAGAGCCUGUUGCACCAGGAGAGCCUAUGGGGUGCUCUCCGUCCCAGCCAAACAUGCAGACCAUGCAAGUCAUCAACCAGACGAGCUCACCUUCCAUGGCGCCCGGCACUGGUUCCGCAGAGACAAGGAAGAGGAGGAAUGAAGAUGCUGCUCUGACGGUUGCGAUUAAAAGGCAGGCUAUGCAAGAUUUGGCUGACAGCAGCUCUGCUACUGAUCAGGUAUGCCAGUAUAUGGAAGAGCGAGAGCUGAGGGAAUUUUCCUUCUUGAAGAUGGAAAACCAGAUGCUCCAUGAAGAGUGCUCGCAUUUUGAGACGGCCGAGAAGGAGCUACUACUCAAGGAACAGAAUCUGCGGCUCGAAAUUGAGAAGGCGCGGGAGCAAUACAAGAGCCUACUGGACGAACACGUUUCGGUGUCAGCACAGCGUUAG